AAAUGCUGUGUGGUGCUUCUUCAGAUAGGCAUGCGCCAUGUGGAGCUUCCAUUAGAGGAAGAUAAGGGAAAAAGAAAAACUUUUUUGUCCGAAAGGCAACAAAAAAAAUCUUCUUCAUUGCAAUUAACUUGUUUGUUUGAUUGCAUGUCUGUGUUUUUUGAACAAUCUUCCCAGUAAACACUGAGAUUAAGUUCAUGAUUAGCGCAUUAACACUACUAAGUAACUAGCCACAGCAUUGCGAUUGAUCGCAAAGAAGGGCGUCCGUUGUUCGAUUUACUCGUUCGGCGUUUUCUGGGUUCAGUUUCUUCAAUUUUGGGAGAAAAAGUUUAGGAAUUUUUUGAAAUUGGAGAUGACAGCUAUGGCGUCAGCUGCAGCUGGUACUCCUUGUGUUCCCUCGAGCUUUGGCCAUGGCGGUUUCCAUGGAGGGAGCAGAGAUUUCGGGCUUUUGGGUUUCUCAUCCAGAAGUAUUUCAGUUGGAUAUUCUCGAAGUGGGUCUGCUCGUAUCAGAUGCCAGUCUACAAGUACUAAGGAACCGAAGACUAGGAAUAUUUUCGACAAUGCGAGUAACCUUCUCACGAACCUGUUGAGUGGCGGAAGCUUGGGCUCAAUGCCCAUCGCUCAAGGCGCAGUCUCUGAUUUGUUCGGAAAGCCUCUCUUUUUCUCGCUGUACGAUUGGUUCUUGGAGCAUGGCGGAGUAUACAAGCUUGCAUUUGGGCCGAAAGCAUUUGUGGUCGUCUCGGAUCCAAUCAUUGCAAGGCACAUCCUUCGUGAAAACGCGUUUUCAUAUGACAAGGGUGUUCUUUCCGAGAUUUUGGAACCCAUUAUGGGAAAAGGGCUGAUACCGGCUGACCUCGAGACCUGGAAGCCGAGGAGAAGAGCUAUCACUCCUGCAUUCCAUGCAUUAUACCUGGAGGCUAUGGUCAAAGUAUUUAGCGAUUGUUCAGAGAAAAUGAUAUCGAAAUUCGAGAAAAUCCUACGAGAAAAAGAAGUGUCUUUUGGAGAGAACAUGGUCGAGUUGGACCUCGAGGCAGAAUUUUCGAGUCUGGCCCUCGAUAUUAUUGGUUUAGGCAUCUUCAACUAUGACUUCGGCUCUGUCACGAACGAAUCUCCUGUCAUCAAGGCAGUUUAUGGAACCCUUUUCGAGGCAGAACACCGUUCUACCUUCUACUUCCCGUAUUGGAAAUUUCCUCUGGCAAAGUGGAUAGUCCCGAGGCAAAGAAAGUUCCAAAAUGAUCUGAAGAUUAUAAACGACUGUCUUGACGGACUCAUUCGAAAUGCUAAAGAGACAAGGCAGGAAACCGACGUGGAGAAGCUCCAGCAGAGGGACUACACAAAUCUCAAGGACGCAAGUCUAUUGCGGUUUUUAGUAGAUAUGAGGGGUGCUGAUAUCGAUGAUAAGCAGCUGAGAGAUGACCUGAUGACAAUGUUAAUAGCUGGACAUGAAACCACUGCGGCUGUUCUUACUUGGGCGGUUUUCCUUCUUGCUCAAAAUCCGGAGAAAAUUAGAAAAGCUCAAGCGGAGAUUGAUUCCGUGAUAGGUCGCCAAGGCAUACCCACUUUUGAAUCAAUAAAAAAACUCGAGUAUGUAAGACUUAUAGUUGUUGAAUCCCUUCGGCUAUAUCCUCAGCCACCUUUGCUCAUCAGACGUUCACUAAAACCCGAUAUCUUACCUGGAGGAUACAAUGGCGAAAAGGAAGGUCAUAGGAUUCCUCGGGGGACCGAUAUUUUUAUAUCUGUCUACAAUUUGCACCGAUCUCCAUACUUUUGGGACAGUCCCGAUGAUUUUGAACCCGAGAGGUUUCUACGGAAGCGGGAAAGCGAUGGAAUAGAGGGAUGGGCAGGCUUUGAUCCAUCUCGAAGCCCUGGAGCACUAUACCCGAACGAGGUGAUAUCGGACUUUGCGUUAUUGCCAUUUGGAGGAGGGCCAAGGAAGUGCAUUGGAGAUCAGUUUGCACUGAUGGAGUCAACUGCUGCGUUGGCUCUCUUGUUGCAGAAAUUCGACGUCGAGCUUAGGGGUCCUCCUGAAUCUGUGGAGCUUGUGAGCGGCGCCACCAUUCAUGCCAAGAAUGGCCUGUGGUGUAAACUCAAGAGAAGAUCUUCAGAUUGAUCAUUUGCCAAAUUUGUACAGGAGAGGCAGAAGCAACUCUGGAACAAGUCUAGUUUUUGUCUUAAACUCAUCACAAUCGCUCUAGCUGGAGAGAGAGAGAGAGAUGAGUUGGGUUACACAAAAGGUGUUGUACUUGUUAAUGUGAAAGAAAUCAGAUUUAGUAAAAUACAAAAUUGAGAUAUUAUUCAGUGCAGAAGACAAGAACAGAACUGCAGUUCACUGAAAGAGGUGAUUCAGUUUAUGUAUGGAUUGACUGUA